CUGGCUCAUCACUCAUCAGUCAUUGUCGGCAAAAUACUGUAAUCGAUUAUUUUAAUGCUCGACAGUCUUAUUCUGCAGUCUAGUAUAUUCUGUCUCUAGUCUUCGUUUUGCGAGCUACCGGACAAACUAGUAAUAAGUUAUAUUAUAGUAAUAACGUGACAAGUGACAACUACUGACAAUAUUGUGAAUUGUCAAAUACUUAUACAUUUUAAUAUUGUUGAUGUAACUACUUUUAUUUCUUGAAAAACAAUUGGAAAUCAAUAUUAAAUCAAAUUAAUACCUUGUUAUAUUUUGUCAUAAUUGAGUUGGUCUUGGGUUUCUAGUAAUCUGUAGUUAAUUUAUAAAACAAUUUAAAUACUGCAUCAAAUAUUGGUGUGUUUUGCAAUUAAAAUUUGAGCUAUUGAACGUACAUUUCCAGUAAUUCUAUUAUAAUUUAUAAGUUGACAAACAAUGGCCCAAGAAAAUAUAAUUCACGGAUCUGCAAUUCCUGAUUAUUUGCUAAACAGUAAAUCAAAUUUAAGUCAGUUCUUUAUUCGAUUACUCAGUGAACUAGGAAAUAAAACUGCAAUGGUUGAUAUUCAUGAUGGGUCUUCAUUUACAUUCAGUACAAUUUUACAAGCAAGUUUCAAUAUAGCUAAUUACUUAAAGUAUGAGUUUGGAGUACAAAAAUCUGAUAUUGUUGGAAUAUUUAGUGAAAACACAAUUUGGUAUCCAUCUCUUGUACUGGCCGUAUGGCAUGUUGGCGGUGUUUGUGCAUUGUUCAAUCCCAUGUAUAAUACUAAGGAAUUAACACAUGUGCUAAAUAUAACUAAACCAAAAAUUAUGAUAACAUCAAAAAUGGGUUUGGAAAUUGUAAGAAAUACUGCUAAACCUCUGGAUUUUAUCAAAUAUGUGUGUCCUAUUGAUAUACUUUGCAAUACUAGAACAAUUGAAGAAAAUAAUAAUUUUGUACCAACUGCAUACGACAAUAAACAGACCUGUGUGAUAUUAUUUUCUAGUGGAACAACUGGCUUACCUAAAGGAGUAGAGUUGUCUCAUAAAUCUAUAUUUCUCAUGGUUUCUAUCUUAAAUUACGUUAAUAAAUUUGUAUCUAAAACUGAUAUCUUGAUGGGUCUAGUGCCUAUGUUCCACGGAUAUGGAUUACUGAUAAUAUGUAUGUGUUUGUCAAUUGGCAGCAAGGUCAUAGUUCUUAAAUAUUUUGAUGAAGAGUUGUUUUUAAAAUCUAUUGAAGUUCAAAAAAUUACAGUUUUAUUUGCUGUGCCACCACUGAUGAUAUUUCUUGCUAAACAUCCCUUAGUAGACAAAUAUAAUUUAUCAUGUUUGAAUGUUAUAUAUUCUGGUGCAGCUCCAUUAUCUUUAGACAUUGAAAAUGAAGUAGUCAAUAGGAUAGGUAAAAGUAAAUCAUUAAAAGUAUUUCAAGGAUAUGGAAUGACUGAAUUAUCUAUUGUAUCAACAAUUCCUGACCAAAAUGAAGUUGAACAUGUUAAUGGUUCGGUUGGAAAAUUGAUAUGUGGCAUGUCAGGAAAAGUGAUCGAUUUAAAUAAUGGAAAAUCAUUGGGAGUAAAUAAAAGUGGUGAAUUGUGUUUCAAAGGGCCAAUGGUUAUGAAUGGUUAUUAUAAGAACCCCGAAGAAACAACCUCAACAAUUGAUGGCGAAGGAUGGCUUCAUACGGGGGAUGUUGGAUACUUUGAUAAAUAUUAUAAUUUUUUUAUUGUGGACAGACUAAAAGAGCUUAUAAAAUAUAAAGGAUACCAGGUGGCACCUGCAGAGUUAGAAUCACUGUUAUUAACACAUCCCGAAAUUGAAGAUGUAGCAGUCACUGGACUUCCAAAUCUAGAAGCUGGAGAACUUCCGAUGGCGUUUGUAGUUAAAGCUCCUAAUUCAGCUCUCAAUGAGAAAGAUGUUGUACAAUUUGUUCACAAAAAUGUUUCAGCACAAAAGCGUCUUAGAGGAGGUGUUCGAUUUGUGAAUAGUAUUCCCAAAAAUCCAAGUGGUAAAAUAUUACGUAGAGUACUUAGAGGCCUAAUUAAUCAAUCAAAAUUAUAAAAACGAAAACAGUUGUAUUUUAUAGAAGAUAAUUAUUGUACUAUUUAGACUAAGUACAGUUUAUUUGGAGAAAAUAUUGACAUUUGUAAUGAAAGCUUUAUUAUUGUAUUUGUUUUUAAUAAAUAUGUUUAUAAUUUAUGCAA